AUGGACCUUGAUGUUCCUGCUUCAGCUGAGGCCUCAAGCUUCAGCCCAGCAGAUCGUAUUGCGGAGUUGAACGAGAUUGAUAGGUCAAUUUCGACAUUACUAUCUGCUGCCUCUGAAGCGAUCGGCAUUCUUUCUAACCAGCCGACUUCUGAGGCACAGGCGACAGCUCUUCAGAACCCAGAGGCAGCCCGCGCUGCUUUCACCACUGCUGCAGACACCUACUUUUCGACUCUAUCAUCGAUUGAAGUCCGACUCCGCCGACAAGUGUACGCGUUGGAAGAGGCCAACCUCAUACUACCAGGCGAUGAAAGAGAUAGCAGAAGAGGGCGAGCGUUCGGAGGCGACAGUAGCCUGACCAAAGUUGGAGGCGGUCCUCUAGACCCAAGUUGGUUGAAUGCAAGAGCUAGCGAUAAGGUAGGAGCUGGGAUGAAACGGGAGCUCAUAAGUCGAGCACGGGAAUUCGUGGAGAGGGCAGAUCGAGGUUUACAAGAUCCAGUCACCAACAAUGAUACCACCCAGGAUGCCGACAAAGAGAUGGGAUGA